AUGGCGGUGUAUUUGUUGCUUUGCGUGUGGUCAGUGUUGGCUGUGGAGACUGUGGCGUUUAAGCCGACCACUGGUCAAGGAGAUGACCCAUCGAUGUACACCCAUGAAAGUAUAACACUGGAAGGGGUCGACAGAGCGGCUGCACAUUUUCUUACAUCCAAUGGCAUUCUGAACACCACAACGACAAACCAUAACGAAAUUGUCAAAGAAUAUUUCGGAUCAGAUACCAAAAGCUACAAGGAUUACAAACAAAGAGGUCUGGAGUUUUCAAAAGCCGUAAUGGAUGUCUAUAGAAAAUUUCAUACCAAUCCGGAUUACACUGUCAACUCUGAGCGAAUACGUGAAGCUGAAAUUCUUGUAACUACCACAAGGCUAGAGAUUGCUUCCAUUCUGUCUCGGACGUUGGACGAUGCAUCGUUAGAAUUGGUGGUGAAUAAAGUUGGGAAAUGUCUGAUGAUUAUACAGUCAUUCUACAGCAACACAAACUGGAUUGAGAUGAUGGUGAAUGGUGGAGAGUCUUUCUUAAGUUUCGGAACUUUCACCUCCACCAGUAUGGUGGUUGCCGCAUCAGGAACAGACACAUGUCGCAACUGUGACGACAGCAUCACUCAUCGCUGUAGCCAAAACCUGUUGGUCCAUGAUCGUUUGACAAGUGGAUACCUGUCUGGUCAGCAGUUCUACCCGAAACCAUCAGCUCAUCAAGGCGCUACGGAGGGCAAAUGCAGUCACGGGGGAGUGAACGACCACGGAAGGAACACUACGGCAACUGGUGGGAUCAACAAGGAAACACUUGAUUGGAAUUGGUCCCCACAUGCGCAUCUGCAUAACAUAUCCGGUCAGACAGCGGUCAGAGCGACGGAAGCAUUCUUCAUGGACGCAACAUCGGGUUUACUCGGAGGUAUUGACCAGGCAAAGGUGAAGAAUAUAUUUAAUCUGAAGAAGAAACAAACAGUUUCAAUGGGAUUUGUUGUCGAUGUCACCGGAUCAAUGGCUAACGAUAUCAGGUCCGUGAAAAAUUCUAUGAUCGGCAAGGUGUCCGCAGUUAUCGGGACUGACAACGAACCAACCAAAUAUGUUUUGUCAACUUUCAACGACCCUGGAAGCCUGACCACAGUUGCCGCAACAGCGGAUGGAAAUGAGAUGAUACGAUGGAUAGAGAAAUUGACUGUGGGUGGAGGAGAUGACUGUCCAGAAUAUGCAAUCUCCGGACUACUGGCUGCUAUUGAUGCGUGUGCUCCAUAUUCAGUUAUCUUCCUUGCCACCGAUGCAGAUCCUAAGGAUGAAAAUAUGACCAACAUCGCAAUACGAGAGGCGAAUGCAAAACAUAUCACACUGGAAUUUAUUUUGACAGGAAAUUGUAGUUUAAGUCGACGUCGCAGAGAAAUAAAACUACGACAAAAGAGAGGUCUCUCAGCCUUUGAAAAUAUUGCUGCAGGCACCGGAGGGAGUGUGUAUCACAUCGACCAUAGUGAAGUCACCGCAGACACUGCAUCGGGUUCGCUUAGAGAUAUUGAUCAAGCAACUGAGAAGAACAUAUUCAAAUUGAAGAAAACUGUAAGGCGACAAGUAUCUUCCGGAUAUGUCAUCGACGUUUCAGCAUAUAUGGCUAAUGAUAUCAGGAGUAUGAAGAAUGCGUUCAUCGCCAAAGUGUCUGCAGUUAUAGGGACUGUCAACGAACCAACCAACUAUGUAUUGUCGACUUUCAGCGAUCCUGCAAACCUCACCAAAGUUGUCACUACAACAGAUGGAAAUGAGAUGGUACGGAUGGUAUCUCAACUGACUCCGGAAGGGGGAGGAGACUGUCCAGACUAUGUCAUGUCCGGAAUACAGGCUGCUAUUAAGGCAUGUUAUCCAUACUCAGUUAUUUACGUUGCCACGGAUGGCGAUGCCAAAGAUGAAAAUAUGACCGAUAUUGUACUACGCGAGGCGAUUGCAAAACACAUCCAAGUGGAAUUCAUUCUGACAGCAACUUGUAGUAGUCUGAGUCAACGUCGAAGAGAAAUACAGAUGCGACAUAAAAGAGGUAUUUUAGCCUUCGAAAGUCUUGCUGCAGGCACCGGUGGGAGUGUGUAUCGCAUAGACCAUAGUGAGGUUACCGCAGUUCUUGAUCACGUCCUGGAAAAAGAUUUUCCAUCCUCUGAAGCAAUUAUCGACUACUUUGUCCAGACAACGUCAGAUAACGACACGAUGGAUAUCACAGUAGACAGUGAGGCAGCCGUCCUCGUCAUUACAAUCACAGGACCAAACAACUUAUCGCAAGCGUAUCUGUCAUUCCCAAAUGGUACAAAGCAAGCAUUCCCGACGAAGCUCGCUACACAAUACUACUCAAGUCACACAAUAACUAUGUCAAUACAGAGACCUUCUCCUGGAAUUUGGAAAUUGACCCGAAUUAUGAACAAUUCCUGGAAAGUUAAUGUUACCGCCUCCACAUAUAUGGAUAUCGACAGCCAACUGAAGGAAACAGAUGAAUAUGGAAUAUCGUAUGUGACGGAUCGUAAUCCUAUUAUGGGUAAAAACUACACCCUGGAAGUCCUUGCCUAUAAUCUGAACUCGACGUUGACGUCCUUCUCUCUGCAUCUUUUAGACGAACGGGGAACUGAUUUAUUUAGCCGGCCCGUGCAUAUCACAUUCGGUUUUUCGAAAAUAAAUGGGUAUAUACCUAUUAUGAUUCCAACGAAGAAUUUCUACGUGCAGCUAAGUGGUAUCGAUCAAAAUGGCAUCAAAUUCAAAAGAAUGUCUAGAAAAUUGAUAACACCUGUGGGCGUGGACUUUUUCGUACAACACAUAUUCGGGAACCUUGACGUUGGGAUUGCACAGAACAUUACGUAUACUCUGAGUAACCUGGGCGCCACCACACAGACCUAUACCGUCAGUAUCGACGAUGACAAAGGCAGACUUCAGAGUCCAACAUCUCGACAGCACACAUUGCUUGCUGGAAAUUCUACAGGUGGACGUUUCCAGAUGACGAGUUCCGUUGAAUUGGAAUAUGUAACAUACACUGUAAGUUUGAAGCUGCCUGGCUCUACAACUGCCCUCCAAUCUUCAACAUCUACAGUCAUGUUUGCUGGAGCCGUCUGUUCAUCCUUCGUGGCUAAGAAGUGCAGACAAGCUUACACAGGCACUAAUUGCUCGCAGUAUGCAUGGGAGGCUACAGCUGUGUUUUUAUUCAAUGUUUCGACAUACGUCAACGUCGCAAACGUUUCGAUGAGCAUCGACUCUAAAGAUAGAAAACGUUUACAUGUGAGUGGGACCUGCUGUCAAGACAACUUCACUGUCAAUGCUAAGCCGUCAGCCGGAAGUGGAUGUGAUACUUCGCAGCGCGUGAUCGCAUCAGACCAAGAAGCGGAUGUUGUUGAUUUUAUUACAGACCAAGGAUCAGGCGAAAACAAGCACAAUGAGACUGAACCACACAAAAGUUCAACUCGGACCUCAAGUUCUAACACUGGGCUUAUUGUUGGCGUCGGAUCUGCAGCUGUCAUCGUGGCUUUUGUAAUUAUAUUGAUACUUAUUCCUGGGAAGAAAUGCAAUUCGAAGAUCAACGAUUCCCUGGAGGACAAAGACUAUACCACACGUCAGGAUAAUGCUAACAAACCAGUUGAAUCAAAAUGCACUUGAUUAUUCAAAUGUUGAAAAUAAAUCAAAAGGGUUAGUUUGCGGAAAAUGUAUCUUGCUUGGUUUUGCGUCUGAAGUUGACAAAAUAUGUCCUACUUUCUACAAUAUGGUUUCCGCAACGGGUAUUUCCGUCGA